AUGCACCAAUACAUCAGCCACGAACUAGACACCCGCUACAAAACCCAAGAUCCCUCCGACAAAAACAUAAAUACAUCCCGUAGCAAAUCCAUAAUAGACCUAGCCCUCACCUCCUACAUCUCACUCCACCACAAAUCAGAUUCCACCAAGACGAUGGAUCCUAAAUUCAAAGCCCUCGCAAUCUCACAAAUAAGAACAUUCCUCUUCGCCGGCCACGACACAACAAGCAGCACACUCUCCUACACCUUCCACCUCCUCUCCCUGCACCCCUCCCCCAUCGCCCUCCUCAUCGCCGAACACAACGGCAUCCUCGGUCCCACCCACGACACCAAAACUCUCUCCGCAAAACUCUCCUCAAAUCCCCAUCUCCUGAAUCAACUACCCUACACAACAUCCAUCCUCAAAGAAACACUCCGUCUCUACCCCCCCGCAUGAACCACCCGCGCCGGCCUCCCCGGCCUCUCCAUCUCAUCUUGUGGACAGCAACUACCUACAGAAACCUUUCUGGUGUGGAUAAACUCCUACUCCCUCCAUCGCUCACCCACAUACUGGGACUCGCCAGAUUCCUUCCUCCCUGAGCGAUGGCUCGUUCCUGCCCCUCAUGAGCCUUUUCUUCACCCCGUCCCUGUCAAAGGCGCGUUCCGACCCUCUGAGGAGGGGAAGCGGAGUUGUAUUGGCCAGGAAUUGGCGAUGAUGGAGAUGAAAGUUGUGCUUGUGAUGGUUGUUAGGGGGUUGGGGGUGAGGAGCGUGUAUGAGGAGUUUGAUGGGAUGGGUGCUGGAAAGGGGAUGGAUGGGAGGGAGGGGGUGAAGAUGGUGCAGGGGGAGAGGUCGUAUCAGGUUCUUAGGGGGAGUGCGCGGCCGAGGGAUGGGAUGCCUUGUCUGGUGGAGGUGAGGGAGCGGGUGGAGUGA